AUAUAGGCAAGUCGUGUAUAUAUGUACGUAUAUCAUGCUACUGUAAACGAGUAUAUUUAUUUACUUUACAGUAGGCAGUCAACCAAGAUUUGGGAAACGAACGGGUUUCAAUUACAGAUUCCUUCUCGAGUUCCGCUUCUCGUCAUUACCCGGUUCAGAUUUCAUUUUGAUGGGAGGUGGUGACAGGCCUGGCAAAACCCGCCAAAUCUCACAAUUUCUCGCUGCUUCUCUCACUGGCUAUAAUUGACAACGACAAGCCGACAAGAUCGCGAAGAAUCGUUUCAUCUCAUGCGGCUACUUAAACAGUUCGCUACAUCGUAUUGAAAGUGUUUCUUAAUUCUGUGUUCCGGUAAUAUAACAGCUAUAUUCGACGUCGUGGGGUUUAAUUCAUAGUGACAAACUAUCUAUGAUAACUUAGCAGUAAAUAUCGAGAUAACUUUUCACUAGUUUUAACGCGGUGUGCGUACACCAAACCAUUUGUUGAAAGAAGAUUAUACCCAAAAAAACUGCGACUUUAUUUUUAGUGGAAGGAAUCAUAUUCAGGUCAUUACGUUUGUUUGUAAAAACUCUGCGAUUUGUCAGUGCAACCAGCAGACAUUUUACAAGAAUAUCAUUCUUCGGAAAUCGUCAACGUCAUCUAAGAAUUUAAUUUGCCGACGUCAUCAUUGUGUUGAUUCUAAUCGCAGCAGACAAUUUUGACAACAAGGGGCGAAAAACCCGAAAUAUAUUUUGAACGAAACUUGAAAUCUGAAUAUCUGAUAAGUUCUGAGUUAUUCGUAAACAGUGAAUUUGUCAGAAACGUGCAGAAGUGACGUAUGAAAUGUGUGCAGUUUCAUAAUAGUGAUUAUAUAGCACGCCAUAUUGUAUCGUAUACCCCCCAAGACUGAAGUAGCGAGAAAUCUCUAAAGACUGAAACCUUGGACUAUAGCAGAUCUGGAAAAGUCAUCAGCAACCAAGGGAAGGAUUGGUCAACCACAGGGGGUAUUCUAGACGGUAAUGAGGUCCCACAGGAGAGAUAUCCCUCCGCCAUUGUGAUGGAUAGAACCACUGUAUACUGACAGGGUACCAAUCAGAAAUACUUAAGAAGACUCGGAGGGGUGCCGACCCUAACGACUAUAUUAUCAAUUGUCUCCACACAGCACCAGUACUAAGCUGAAAGUCAACGAGUUUAGCAUCUGUGUCUGAAUCAAGCUGGCCUUGUUGUUGUUACUUGUUGUACGCUGGUGUAGACGAAUUUGAUCGAGUUAGACAGACAAGCCAUCAGGAAAUAGAAGAAUAUUUUAAGUGACGGAUUGACUGUAUCGUGAUAUAUAUAUUAGAGAUUUUGAAAUAGUGAUACCCUUGUGCUUGUCGGUGCUGUGCAUCAUACCGAUAUACACCGUGAGGUUUAUUGGAGUUGAAUAAGACUUUGAGUGGGAUUUCAACAACUUUCUUUUUAUCGAAAACUUUGAGAUUCGUCUUGUAUUUUUUCGUGAAUGAACAGCUGAUUCCACGCUGAUCAGAACCUUUAUAAAAAUACGAUCCAUGCAGCUGUAAUGUCAUUUAUUAUUUUCUGACGUUAAGAUUCACGGCAUAUGAAAUAAUUGUAGGUAACUUUUUUUAAAAACAGUUGGAAGGAAUCUAAAUCAUAGUGUCUAGUGUUAUUGAAAGCCAAGAUGGAGGAUCCGGAAAGAAUGAAUGCUCGCGCUAAUCAAGGUUUUGCGAGUAAUUACAACAUGAGUCGUUUUAUUCAGAGACCGAAUCCGUUUGAUUGUAUGCACGGUGGAAUGGGAGUAGGAGGAAACAUUGGGUACUCAUCGUAUCCCCCGGAAUGGGGAUUCAUGCACGGUUCCUACCCGACUACAAACAUUAACAGAGAAAGACACACUCCUCCGCCGACCCAGUAUCAUCCGCCGAUGUCAAAAGACUAUGGUAUAAAUAAUGGACUAAGUGGUUCGUAUCCCUCUCCCCCCGUGGGAAGGGGGGUAUAUGAUACGACUCCAUCCUAUAAUAAUAAUAUUAGUAAUUCCCCACCUCGUCAGACGACCUGUAUAACUCCAGAUAUUGAUAGAAAGGAUAACAAACAAAGAGAUUCACCGGAUCCCUAUAAACUAGAUUUAUCGGUGAAACCCCGGAAAGAAAGAACAGCCUUUACAAAACAACAAAUAACAGAAUUAGAAAAAGAAUUUAAUAUGCAUAAUUAUCUGACAAGAUUAAGACGAUAUGAAUUAGCUGUUGGACUAGAUUUAACAGAAAGACAGGUAAAAGUCUGGUUUCAGAACAGAAGAAUGAAAUGGAAGAGAGUUAAGGGCACUAAAGUAGCUAAAGAUCGUGUCGAUGGCCAGAUUAAGCCGAUCAUGGGCUCGAAUAUCUCAUCAACCAGUAACAACCUGGCGGACGACGAUGAUACAAUGAAUUCUAAUGACAUGGAUUGUCUCGGUGAUGAGAAAUUUUAAUACCGGAUUUAUGUUAGGAGUUAAAACUAAGGCUGUUAUGUCUAAACACUAAAUAUAGCAAUAGAUUGGAUUCGUAUUGACCGUUUAAAAAAGAAAAAAAAUGUGUUCCAAUGGAAACCAAUAUUUAACACUCUGUAAUAUACAUGUAUCUGCAAAUGUACGUGUGAAUGUGUACCAGGUUUGACGUCCGCUUCGGACGGUUAUAUCACAGGCAAAAUACCUUGUCCUAAUGAAGGUGCCCGAACGUAUACAUUUAGCAUGGACGUAUAUUAAACAAUUUUAUGACUUUCGUUUUUAAAGCGAAAGUAGAAACUGUUACAUGUGUUCCGGGAUAUGUUCCCAGGGACAGAAAUGAAAAGACAGUAAAGAAAGAAAUUUUUGUCUCAGACAACUAAGUGUUCAGUGCAUUUACAUUUAUCAUGGACGUAUAUUAAACAAUUUUAUGACAUUCGUUUUUAAAGCGAAAGUAGAAACUGUUCCAUGUGUUCCGGGAUAUGUUCCCAGGGACAGAAAUGAAAAGACAGUAAAGAAAGAAAUUCUUGUCUCUUAAAACCAAGUGUUCCGUGCAUUUGCAUUUAUCAUGGGGACGCAUAUCAAAUAAUUUUAUGACAUUUGUUUUUAAAGCGAAAGUAGAAUCUGUUACAUGUGUUACGGGAUAUGUGCCCCUGGGUUAGAAAUGAAAAAACAGUAAUGGAAAAACAUUGAACAACGUUUCUUGUCUCAUAAAACCAAGUGUUCGGUGCAAUAUACGUCUGUAUUCGAGAUAAAUUGUAAGACACGAAAGGCUUGAAUAUAUCACCAAUGACAUCAGAGAAAUAAUGACCGCUUUUAAAUCAUGCUGAUGGAAGUCUGUUUUGGACGUUAUGUAUUGAACAUUAUAAUGAUAAAAUACUAAUUUUGUCGUUGACAUUUGUCUUAUAAUAAAACCUAUAUAUUCGUA